AUUUGACCAAUGAAGCCUAUAUUCAGAGACAUACCGAUACAUGGAAUUUGAGCACAAUAGCAAGCGACAAGACGUGACAUUCCACAAUCUCGUCCAUGCUCCCCUUCCAUCCGCCUAUUGAGACCAAAUAAAGACAAGGCUCUGGGAAGCCAAGUGGUGUCACAAGUCUGAUUGCGGCCAUAAUGUCGUUCCAUGAUCCGAAAUCGUCAAUACCAUUGUACUUCCGAGAGCCGCCAAUUUUGGUCGACUCGUUGGAAACCACCACGUCUAAGCUGCAGGAUGAGACAGUGGGCGAAUGCCUACCUUUCCUCGAGGCAGCGGAAACCUCUGAUGAUCCUACGGAAUUCAACACAUUUGGUCUAUUAUCUUUGCAUCGAGAGGACCAUGUCCAGUUCUUGCAUGAGAACUUGGCCCAAUUCCCAGCAAAUUUUGUUGGCCUUGAUGCCAGCCGCCCUUGGAUGGUCUACUGGGCUUUGGCAGCUCUUUAUAUGCUUGGGGAAGACAUUACUCCGUUGCGAUCAAGAGUGGUCAAGACAUUUUACCCCGGUCAAAACAAGAGUGGAGGGUUCGGAGGCGGCCAUGGCCAUUCAUCCCAUCUCGCUGGCGCAUAUGCCACCAUACUCAGCCUUGCCAUCGUCGGAGGUGAAGAAGCCUAUAACCUUGUGGAUCGCGAGGCUAUGUGGCGGUGGCUUGGCCGACUCAAACAACCCGACGGCGGGUUUCGAAUCAGUGAAGGUGGUGAAGAAGAUACUCGUGGCGCCUAUUGUGCGUUGGUGAUCAUAUCCCUCCUGAGUUUGCCCAUCUCGCUUCCUCUCGAGUCGCCCGCGCGAUCGGCUGGUCUGGAGACGUUCUCUGAUGGUCUGGGGGAAUACAUCUCCAGAUGUCAGACUUACGAAGGAGGGAUUGGAGGCUCGCCAGGAAACGAGGCCCAUGGGGCAUACGCCUUUUGCGCCAUUGCAUGCCUCUGUCUUCUGGACGCUCCACACAAAUCACUCAACAAAUAUCUCGAUCUGGAUGCUCUGGUCUGGUGGCUGUCGGCUCGACAAUACGCACCUGAAGGGGGCCUCGCAGGGCGAACAAACAAAGUCGUGGACGGGUGCUACAGUCAUUGGCUGGGAGGCUGUUGGCCGCUGGUACAAGCCGCAAUCCAAGGCCCUCGAGGACCCAAGGACUACAGCAGUCCCCUAGCUCACAACUUGUACAGCAGCGAAGGUCUGGCGAGAUACAUCUUGUGCUGCUGUCAGGAGGGAGGUGGUGGCUUACGGGAUAAGCCUUCCAAAAGCCCAGAUUCUUAUCACACUUGCUACACACUCGCAGGCCUCAGCGUGGUAGAGCAUCAUCACAGCUACUCUGUAGCUGACGAGACGAAGCCGUUCGAAUCCGCCUGGUCUUGGGCUUCCCAAAAGGCCCAGGUUCCCAGCGAAGCUAAUCCGACGCAGACGUUUGAUACCGGUGCCCAUCUCCGGCCUCUCCAUCCCGUCUACGUGAUCCCACAUCAAGCUGUCUAUGACAUGAGAGAUUGGAGCUCUCGGAACCCUGUCGAUUUGGCUUAGUCUCUUGGUCCAAUAUAUGGGGAUAGCGGCUCAGCAGUGGGAUGCAGCAAAAGACGUGCAGGGGGUAAUCGACUGAAGUGCCGUCUCUGUUACAAAACAUGCACGUGUAUGACCAGCCAGACGUUAUAUGCUGCACCCAUUCUAUUUGGUCACUUUCCACGUCUGGAAGAGAGAUGAGGCAGAAAGAACAAAGCUUCACGGGUUAUACGACUCGCAGUGGUCGCGUUGCUGAGUAGAUGAGAACUAUAUCAACAAAUGAGCGACUCUUGUUCUACCAAGAAACGGAAACUCGUCCCCAAUCGCCAGAAAUGGUAUCAAGUCGGCACAGCAUCGUCGGAGCUUGACGUGGGGAAAUUUCAGAUUGUUCUCGCCGCAGGUCUAUCUUUGGUACACAUGGUCAUUCAUGCUAGUAUGAUUAUGGUGCUCACAGGCCAUUUGCCUACACAGUACAUUGGGCUGGUCUUGUUUCUCAUCUUAUUGAAGAUCCGUAACGAAAAUUCGAAAGCCCUUCUCCUGCUUG